AUGAGACCACUAACAGAAGAAGAGACAAAAGUAGUGUUUGAAAAACUAGCGAACUACAUAGGCCGAAACAUCUCCUUCCUCAUAGACAACCGCGACAACCCCCAUGUGUUCAGAUUGCAAAAGGACCGAGUCUACUACGUCUCGGAACACGUCGCCAAGUACGCCACCAGCGUAUCGCGUCAAAACUUGAUGUCGUUGGGAGUAUGCUUGGGUAAAUUCACCAAGACGGGCAAGUUCAAAUUGCACAUCACCAGCUUGAGCUACUUGAGCCAGUACGCGAAAUACAAAGUGUGGAUUAAACAAAAUGGCGAAAUGCCCUUUUUGUACGGCAACCAUGUCCUCAAGGCCCAUGUGGGGAGAAUGAGCGAUGAUAUACCGGAGCAUGCGGGGGUCAUUGUUUAUAGCAUGAGCGAUGUGCCCUUGGGGUUCGGCGUGAGUGCCAAGCUGACGAACGAGGCGAGGAAUUUGGCACCAACGGGCAUUGUCGCUUUUAGACAGGGCGAUAUUGGUGAGUAUUUGAGAGAAGAGGAUACGUUGUUUUCGUGA